AUGAAAAGAGCUAAAAAGGCAAUUCGUGACUUAUUCGUUAUUGCUGCCGCCUCUCUACCGCAUUUCUCCCCUGGAACAGUUCAUUUGCAGUUAUUGUUAUGGAUACGCAGCAUGAAUGAGAUAUGCCAGGUGUGCGACCAGCUUGGACAUGGUAACCAUUUCGGAGUGAAGACUUGUAGAGCGUGCGCAGCAUUCUUCAGGAGGUCCGUAGUACAAGGAAGAAAGUACACGUGCAGAAAAGGAAGUAGAAACUGUGAAGUUGUUGGCAAAGGGAAAUUUGUCUGCAGAUACUGCCGAUAUCAGAAAUGUGUUUUGAUAGGAAUGACUCCCGAAAAUGUGCAAUGGAACAGAGAUGUUCUUUCCACCACUAUAGACCGAGGCCGCCCGGAAAGUAGUGGAACAACAACCACAGAGGGAAGUGAAUCUGAAGUACAAUCCGCUUCUGUCAACAAUGAAGCGAGAACAAACACCAUGGUCACAUCAUCUGAUAUGACGCAUAGCGACGCUGAUAUUCGAAUAACGUUUGACGUUUCACACGCCAUGGACAAAUUAAGAGAGAUUUUUUCUCAGGAUCAACAGAAAAGUGAUGAACGUUGUCUAUUACUUCACAUGUACCGCGGUUUGGAACGACAUCGGUGCAAUAAAAAUCCAACAGUCGAGCUCGUGGAUUCGAUAAAUUUCCUUCAAAAACUUUCCACGUGGGAAAUCCAGUUUCUUAAGGUUGCAAAAUGGAUGAUGAAUUGCGAAUACUUUGCGGCACUUCCGUUAGAAGAAAAGGUCGUUGUUUUCAAAGGAUCUUGGGGACUAUGGAAGAGGUUUGAGCGGAUGCAUAUGUCUGUGCAUCUGUUCGGAGAGCAUGCCAUCCACGAACGGAUGAUCCUGUUGGGAGAAAACACAGCAGCGAAUAUGGACACCGUACGGAUGGAGUUUGGGCCGCUAACGGAUUGUGACCCACAGCAAAUCAAAAGCAUGUUUGAGGAUUGCGUAAAACGUCUUAUAGAGGAUGUUGCUCGACCUCUUCUGGAGCUCAACCUGGACCACUACGAAGUGUCAUACAUCCUGAAUGCUCUUGUCUGGCAUGUCGAAGGAAGAGAUGUGCGGCCAUCAACGAGGAGUAUUGCAGAAGAAGUACUUGACAGGAUAUCAGACGAACUACACGACCACUACACAUACGAUCUCAGGAUGCCAAACUAUGCGGCAAGACUUACUCGAAUUAUGGGACUAAUCUUCUCAAUAGAGAGGGAUCAACAUGAGCGGUCAAAAGUUGUGGAACUGGCGAGAGUGUUCGAUGUCUUCAAAUUUGAAGUGUCAGAGAAAGGGGUACUAAACUAUUAA